AUGCAGAACCAGAUGGAGACGUUGCUUUUCGGUCCGCAUCGGCUUGUUAGGGCUUUUCUGCCUGGGGUGCGGGAGAGGAGGGCUCUGCCGGAGGAUUAUGCGGGGUCGGUUGUUUCUGAGGUUAUUGAGUACUUGCACAAGGGUACGUUUGUUGCGGAUGGAGAUAAGAAUAAGGCGGCCAAGAUUAUUUGUAAGAUUGUUCUGGGUGAGGGUGUUGGUGCUUGGCCUCAGGAGGAGCGGUUCUUCAAUUUGGGCCGGAGGGUGAUUCCUCAUGCUCGGAUGGUGCGGGAUCAGUUGGGGCAUACGCUCCUGGUUGUUGGGGAGGUUGUUGGGAAUGUGUAUAUCGAUCAGCAGUGA